GUGGGAUCAUGGGCACGCUUGUCGAGAUGUGCUAGAUGUUUGUAAGGGGUUUGUGGCAGCUACAAAGUGGUUAGACGCCGUUCGCCGUUUACAAAUUGCAUCAUUGCUAGGUCCAAUUCCGCGCUUACAAACGACUGCCACAUGCUUCUCUUCGUGCAUCGUAUAUAUAUCAAACACCAGUUGAGAAGAAGCUGCAUCGGGUUUUCAGUGACCUAUUUUCAGCCCUCGUUUCCCAAGCGCCAUGUCAGAACCUUGGAAUUAUACUUAUACCUCGCCUUUGGAAGGUUAUCGAGGCCUCGAGUCGCUGCCAAAUGAAAAGGCGGCAGACGGCAAGUCCUUUGUCAACCCGCCGGCAGAGAAGAGAAGCGAAGCCUACACCAGGUUUAUAGCACCCAUUACAAACGACAUACGCGGAGGCUUUGACAUCCACAUAUACUUUCUGCAGACAGACGCCGCAGAAACGAAGUUCGCAAACGAGCUGUGGGAGCGGAUACGACGCGAAUUUCCCGAAUUGCGCAUCUACCGAGUAUGGAAUAUGCCAAUUGGUCCGCACCCUCUGGCUAUGUUCGAGGUCAAUCUGUUCACGCCUGAGCAAUUUGGUGCUUUCGUCCCAUGGCUCGUGAUCAACAGAGGUCCACUCUCGGCACUUAUACACCCUAAUACUGGUGAUGAGUUACGAGAUCACACACAGAGAGCAACCUGGAUGGGCCAGCCCCUGCCAUUGUAUGUAGGGGGAAUGAAGAAGAAACAGAGUUGAGGGGUUUGGAUGUUCUGUGUGUUCUUAGUGUGAAUCUUAGGCCUUAGCCUUGCUAUUAUACUCUCGCGUG